AUGAAAACGACGCCUCAUCAUCUUCAUUCAACUGGUGUGAUGGUACUAUCUGCACAUCGAAGUGACUGGAAUUAUGUUGAUUUUGGUCCCGAACUAUGGUUACAACGUUAUCCAAAUUAUGCUGGACAACAACAAUUACCAAUAAAUAUUGUAACACCAUGUACAAUUUAUAGAGAAUUUCCACCGUUUAAUUUCCGCAUACUACACUAUGAAAUAAUGGACGUACAAUUGUAG